AUGGAGGGUGCAGGCACCACCGACCCAGCAGGAGCGGCGAUGGGGCAGAGUGGCGCAGUCGCAGUGGUCGUGGGAUUGUGGGUCUUGGCGACCACGGGUGUAGCUGCCGACCCCGACGUGACAGAGCCUCAGCGCUGCCUCCUCUCCCACUAUCGCUCCUUGGACCCCCGGGCGCUGCUGGCUGUCAAGGCGCUGAGGGACCACUAUGAAGAAGAGACGCUGAGCUGGGGGCCCCAAAACUGCUCGAUCCGCCAGAAGAGGAACCCUCCUCGGCCGUCGUCCUGUGCGAUGCUCCGUCGGGUGGCCCGCGACCUCGCCGACGCCCAGGCCGUGCUGAGCAGCCUGCCGAGCCCCGAGCUCUUCCCCGGCGUCGGGCAGACCCUGGAGCUGCUGGCGGCCGCGGGCCGGGACGUGGCGGCCUGCCUCGAGCUGGCCCGGCCAGGCUCCUGGAGGAGGUCCCCGCCGCGGCCCGGGAGGCGUCCCAAGACUCGCCGAGCUGACUCGCCUCGGUGCCACGAAGCCACCGUCAUCUUCCACCUCCUGCACCUGCUCGCGUGGGACCUGCGGCUGGUGGCGCACUCGGGGCCUUGUCUGUGA